AUGGCUUCUUCACAACACGAACUCCGCAUCGUUCUUAUGGGAAAGACAGGAAAUGGAAAAAGUUCAACUGGCAACUCAUUGUUACAUUCUCGAAGCGCUUUUCUCUCUACACAAUCAGCCGAAUCGAUAACAAAGCAAUGUGAAGCGAAAAUGUAUAAUCAUACAGAUGUCAGUGGACAACAGAAAAUAUUGACUGUUGUCGACACACCAGGCUUUUUUGAUACAGACGCGACAGUAACAAACGAAAUGGUACAGAAUAAAAUCGCUUCACAAAUCUUCGAUAUGACAUCACCAGGUGUUCAUGCCUUUUUAAUCAUCGUUCGCGUCGAUCGUUUUACACCAGAAGAAAAAAAUACUGUUGAUUUUAUUAAAAAAAUUUUCGGUGAUGGUGCUGCCAAAUAUUGUAUUGUCGUCUUUACUCGCGAAGAUCAAUUGGAAGGAGUAGAUGUCUAA